GGAAGGAAUUAUAGCCGUUUUUCUCGGGUUCUGGAGAGAUCUUCAGCGAGCUGGCUAAGCAAGGCAGCGAAGAAUAAAUAAAUACUCUUCUCCCCCAGUAAAACGAUAGGGGAGAAAGCCCGUCGACCUUUCUUGUCAGUGGGGUGGAGAUGGCAUGACUCAGACAGCGCUUGCCACCCGCUUCUGCUCCCCUACGCAAGCGGGUUCGGCGCUUGCGCAUUGCGAGAGCCGAGGCGGCGCUGCUGGGCCUGUCUUCUGUGCCCGCCCGCUCGCUCGCUCGCCUACUUUGGGCUGUCGCACUCUAGGGCCCAGUUGGGAGUGGCGGAGUCAGCCUGGGAGCUUUCUCUUUCGGGCGGGGAGGGGAGCCAGGGGCGGACACUGUCGCACAGGAACUGCAGUGAGUCCUUUACUUGUUGUUCCCCGAGGGGGCACGCUGUGUGUGUGGUUGAAACUGAACUUUCAAUGAUUGGCGUAGAUUAUGAGGGCUACACGACAAGUAUGUUCCAGUUUGUGGCAGCAGCAUCUUGAGUGUCUCAUAAAUGUGUGAUACUGAACACUGAAGCUGGCAGACCAUUGAGAAGACUUGCAACAUGUUAUGUUGGGGAAAUGCCUCUUUUGGACAGCUUGGAUUGGGGGGCAUUGAUGAAGAAGUUGUUCUAGAACCCAGAAGAUGCAACUUUUUCCUAAACAAAAAGAUUCAAGAUGUAGGCUGUGGACUAAGACACACUGUGUUUGUCUUGGAUGAUGGGACUGUGUACACAUGUGGAUGUAAUGAUUUAGGACAAUUAGGCCAUGAAAAAUCCAGGAAAAGACCAGAGCAGGUGGGUGCCCUGGAUGCUCAAAAUAUUGUAGCUGUUUCAUGUGGAGAAGCCCACACGUUAGCAUUAAAUGACAAUGGUCAAGUCUAUGCUUGGGGUUUUGCUGUAGAUGGACAACUUGGCUUGCCUGGAACCGAAGAAUAUAUCAGAGUGCCCAGAAACAUAAAAAGCUUGUCAGACAUCCAAAUAGUGCAGGUUGCUUGUGGCUACUACCAUUCACUUGCACUUUCUAAAGGUAGUGAAAUUUUUUCCUGGGGACAGAACAAGCAUGGUCAACUCGGACUAGGUUAUGAGUUUAAAAAGCAAACUUCCCCACAACUGAUAAAAUCUUUAAUAGGGAUACCUUUUGCACAAAUUGAAGCAGGCGGUGCACAUAGCUUUGUUCUUACUCUUUCUGGAGCAGUCUUUGGGUGGGGGCGUAACAAAUUUGGUCAGCUUGGUCUUAAUGAUGAAAAUGAUAGAUAUGUUCCCAAUCUUCUAAAGUCUUUAAGAUCCCAGAAAAUUGUUUAUAUCUCCUGUGGAGAAGAUCACACAGCGGCUCUUACAAAGGAAGGUGGAGUGUUCACUUUUGGAGCUGGAGGCUAUGGGCAAUUAGGUCAUAACUCUACUGGCCAUGAGAUAAAUCCAAGAAAAGUUUUUGAACUUAUGGGGAACAUUGUCACGCAGAUUGCCUGUGGAAGGCAGCACACAUCUGCAUUUGUUCCUGCAACUGGCAGAAUUUAUUCUUUUGGUCUUGGAGGCAAUGGACAGUUGGGGAUGGGAUCAACCAGUAACAGGAAAAGCCCCUUCCCGGUGAAAGGAAACUGGCUUCCUUAUAGUGGAGAGAUACCACUAACUUCAGAUGGUGAAGACUAUUAUUGUGUAAAGAGGAUUUUCUCCGGUGGAGACCAAAGCUUUUCACAUUACAUUACUCCACGGGAUUUGGAACCACCAGAUGACUUCCGAUACCCUAGUGCUUCAAAACAAAUCUGGACUAUGAAUGAAGGCUUCAUUCAGAGAUUGCUGAACUGCUCGUCUUCAGGAGCAGGGAGGCUCCCUGUGGAGAUAGCAAAUGAAAUAGAUGGAACAUUUUCUUCAGCUGGCUGUCUAAAUGGAAGCUUUUUAGCUAUCAGCAAUGAUGAUCACUACAGAACUAGUGCCAGAUUCUCAGGGAUUGAUAUGAAUACAGCUCGACUUCUGUUUCACAAACUUAUACAGCCAGAGUAUCCUCAUAUAUCUCAACAGGUUGCAGCUAGUUUGGAAAAAAAUCUUAUUCCUAAACUGACUAGUUCCUUGCCUGAUGUUGAAGCCCUACGACUGUUUCUAACCCUGCCAGAAUGCCCACUAAUGAGUGAUGCAAACAAUUACAUGACACUAGCUAUUCCAUUUGCAACCGCUAUUGUGAAUCUAGAAAAAGCUCCACUGAAAGUACUUGAAAACUGGUGGUCUGCAUUGGAGACUCCAUUGUUCCUUAAAAUAGUGGAACUGUACAAGGAUGUUGUGGUCCACCUUCUUAAAUUGUACAAGAUGGGUAUCCCUGCUUCAGAGCAACGAAUCUUCUCUAGCUGUCUACAUACUUCCCUGAAGGUUCUGGAAAUUUUGCAUAGGGUAAAUGAAAGAAGUGGGCAAAUCAUACAAUAUGAUAAAUUCUACAUACAUGAAAUCCAGGAUUUGAUAGACAUAAGAAAUGACUACUUCCACUGGAUACAGCAGCAGGCAUAUGGAAUGCUAGCAGAUGUGCCAGUUACAAUUUGCACCUAUCCCUUUGUGUUUGACGCACAGGCAAAGACAACACUCUUGCAGACAGAUGCAGUCUUACAGAUGCAGAUGGCUGUUGACCAAGCUCACAGACAGAAUUUCUCAUCUAUUUUUCUCCCAGUAUAUGAAUCUGUCAAUCCGUGUCUGAUCUUAAUUGUGCGCAGAGAAAAUAUUGUGGGAGAUGCCAUGGAAUUCCUAAGGAAAACAAAAAAUGUAGAUUACAAGAAGCCUCUCAAGGUUAUUUUUGUAGGGGAAGAAGCUGUUGAUGCAGGAGGAGUUCGCAAAGAAUUUUUCUUACUUAUCAUGAGAGAGCUGUUAGAUCCCAAGUAUGGAAUGUUUAGGUAUGAUGAGCGGUCGAGGCUCAUCUGGUUCUCGGAUAAGACUUUUGAAGACAGUGACUUGUUUCAUCUGAUUGGUGUUGUCUGUGGGCUAGCAAUAUAUAAUUUUACUAUUGUAGAGCUUCACUUCCCCUUGGCUUUAUAUAAGAAGCUUUUGAAUAAGAAACCUUCCCUGGAGGACCUCAAAGAGCUAGUGCCUGAUGUUGGCAAGAGUAUGCAGCAGCUGCUGGACUAUCCAGAAGAUGAUAUAGAGGAUACUUUCUGCCUCAACUUUACAAUCACCGUUGAAAAUUUUGGUACCACGGAGGUUAAGGAGCUAAUUCCUAAUGGUACUGAUAUUCCUGUUGUCAAACAGAAUAGGCAAGAGUUUGUGGAUGCCUACGUGGACUACAUCUUCAACAAAUCUGUGGGUUGUCUCUAUGAUGCAUUUCAUGAAGGCUUUCAUAAGGUGUGUGGAGGUAAAGUUCUACAGCUCUUCCAGCCCAAUGAACUGCAAGCAAUGGUGAUUGGGAAUACAAACUAUGAUUGGAAAGAACUAGAGAAGAAUACUCAAUACAAAGGAGAAUAUUGGGCAGAGCAUCCAACAAUUAAAAUAUUCUGGGAAGUUUUCCAUGAGUUACCACUGGAAAAGAAGAAACAGUUUUUGUUAUUUUUGACAGGUAGUGAUCGCAUUCCUAUCCUUGGGAUGAAGAGUCUUAGUCUUGUUAUCCAGCCAACUGGAGGUGGAGAUGAGUAUCUUCCAGUAUCUCAUACGUGUUUUAAUCUUCUUGAUCUUCCAAAAUAUACAAAUAAGGAAACACUUAAAUCUAAGCUGAUCCAGGCGAUUGAUCACUAUGAAGGCUUCAAUUUAGUAUAAUUUGCAGAAGCUAGAACACCCCAAAACUAUAUUGUGGGAACAUUGAACUAAUUUUUGCAUCUACCUUGCAGUGUCACAUUAAACGAAAAGCCCGACAGUGGAGGCAGUUAUAAGAACUGCUUGUAAACUGUGAUCGGAUCCUUUUAUGGCAGCCAAAAACCCUUACAUUAAUGAACUAUCUUGAUAUGAAUGCUGGAGUCAGAUUUUGCCAUUUAAACAAUAAAAAUUCAACUUUGAAAUAAAAAUGAACGUUUCAUUAAAUUUUACUAUUUCGCAUAUUGCAAAAUGACUUGCUAUGUAUGUAAAAGAUGUGCUUCCCCCCCCCAAUUACUGCAACUGUCACAUUUUUCAUUUUGUAAAUAAAGGUUUUUUUGUCAUAAAAGACCCAUGCUCCAAUAGCAGUGGAGUAUUGCUGGUAAGUGAUUUGGGGCUUAUCUUAUAAAAACAGGUACCCCCCCCCUCAUGGCAUACCAGUUCCACUGAUAAAUUGUUGAUAUGCACCUUUUGCGAAAAUCUAAUGAGGAACCUCAACCCUAGAAAUAGUUUGUAUGGUAACCCUUUCGUGCUGCAACAAAUAGGGCUUCUAUUAAUACAAAAAUGAUUGAGACAAUGUUAAAAGUAAUUUGUCUGAUAAUCCCAUGGCAGUGUAGAGGAACUAUCAAUAGUUAAAACUAUGAAGGGAACCCAUAAUUUAAUCUUGGAAUUCAGUACUUGGCAACUGUUGAUAAUUAGAAUAAUCUAGGAAUGCCUGGUACUGUAUCUCUGUCCAACAUUCUUGGCCACAGCUCUACUUUUUCCCUUUAACUUCAGUGGAGUUGAGAUUUUCAGAUGUUGGAAGAACAGUUUUAAAGUUCUAGUUCAAUUUUCACUUUUUCAGAUAAUUUUUAAAAGCCCUCUUUUUAAAAGACUUUUUUGGGGGAGUUUCAGUAGGACAUCUCCUGGGAUGAUGUUGUUGAACAUGUGGAUUGUUGGGGUGGGGGCUGACUUAAGUUCCUGAAUGUUUACAUGUUAAUUGAUAGUAUGUGACUUUCAGCUGUGAAAUAAAUAUUUAUUUUUUUUAGAUUUAUAAACUGCAAUGAAACAAUUCAAGCAUCAAAUAAAAAUUCUUGAAUGAAAAUGUUG